GUGAUCUCUAGCUUUACUCAGAGCUGCCGUACCUUUUUCUCUUUUGGUCAUAAAAUGUCAACCAAAAUCGUUACUCGAACAGCUCGUCGUGUUGUUACGCGUGGUGCUAGACGCCUGGGUAUUAGAGCUUUAGAAGCGUAUGAUCGUGCCCAGCAAGAAUGUCAGAAUAUGCUUGCUGCGAUGAUGGUUUAUGUGGAAACGAUGGAGGACAUGGAUGAAGUUCGACGCGAGAACGAUAAAUGGGCCGAAGAAGAACGACAGGAAGAGCAUAUUCGCGAAAUUUUACGUAUGUUCGAAACGGAUGAAGAAUCUCAGCGUUGGAUUCGGACGGCAAACUUGUGUGUAAAUUUUCGUGGUCGACUGAUGAAGAAAGAGCCUGAGGAGCCUUGGUCGUCUCCUGCUGCGUUUGAUAUUAAAGGCUAUGAAGAAUGGUUUUCGGAGUGUAUGGGCGAUGUUCGGGAGCCAACUCCACUGCCAGAACCUGAAGAACCUGUCGCAGAAAUGCAGAUAUUGGAGAGAGAGCCGUCCCCGGAGAUCCCAUUUGUACAGAUCGUACGAUUGGAUAAUACUGGCAACGUUCAGGAGAAUGUGCAGCCCCAAUACGUCUCGAUUGUUUCCUUGCAUAAUUACCCUCGUUCUCCUUGGAUUCUGGACCUCCUCCUCGCCAAUCCCAUGGACUUCCGGAUGCCAACGACGCUAGGAUCCACACAUUAAACAUCUCACACGGAUCAGGCGUACAGUCAUUGGGCAUCGGAUGGACAUGCGUGGAUUGUGGCGAAGGACGGGAGAUGGAUCAGGGAUGGAGCGCUCACAAUCUCACGGGAUGUUGCGGAUGGACUUGUUUAUGUUGGCAGGAGCCAAGAAACGUUUGUGGGGGUGACGUGUGGAGGAGUAUGUACGAGGGAUUCCACCGUACAUCCACUGACUGUCCGCCUUCACCUGCAAGUACAA